AAAAAGCUGAAAAAGAAAUAAAAAUGAGAGGUAAUACUCCAACAACUAACAAAAAUUAUCAGCUGAAACUAAUUGAAACAGUCUACAACCAAAUACCCUCCUUUACUGAUGUUUUUACAGAAGAAACAUUUUACAUGACUGUAAUAUGUUUUGUAUUGAGUACAAUAGUGCUUGUCUUCUUUGUUUCUAGAUUUAUUACCAUCAAAGCUGUAGAUUAAUAUAAAUUACUUAGUUAUGUAUAUUUAAUAAACAAUGUUAAAAAGAAA